CCUCUCUUAGUUAACACCCCCUGCUCUGCAGCGUUCAGCUCAGCUAUUCUUCUGCGUUUUUUUCCCGCUAUAAAACCCCAGGUUUACACUCUGGCCAUCAUUUUAGCCCCGCUUUCUCUCUGUCCUGCUCUUUUCGUCCAUCGUCCACUGGGACCUGGGCUGGCUCGACCGGACCGACCCCGCAGUUUCAGGCCUGGAAAAUCGCGCAUAAGGAAAGAAAAUGUACAAGCUGUUAUCAGAGCUGGUGGUCCUGCUGGGAGUCGUUGGGAUUAGUUUUGGUGCGAUUCAGAGACCUGAUUAUGAUGACACUCCAAACCCAGAGUUCUUGAACCCAUCCUGGAUGGCCAGCAUCCCUGAUGAUCAGCCACUGUCUGCAAUCACUAUGCCAGGAACACACAACACCAUGGCCCUGUACGGCGGCGUGUAUGCAGAGUGUCAGACCUGGAGCCUGGCCUCCCAACUGCGUGCCGGUGUUCGUUUUCUAGAUGUCCGUGUGCGUUACGUCAACGGGAAUCUCACCAUCCACCAUGGGGUGUCCUACCAGUGGGCUCACUUUGGACAUGUACUGGAGGGCGUGGUCGACUUCCUGCAUGAAUACCCGAGUGAAACAGUGUUGAUGCGUGUAAAAGAGGAGUUCAGCGAGACGAAUAACAUAUAUGGUGCUGUGGUAGACUUCAUCCAUCGCUAUGCUUACUGGGAUCUACUGUGGCACAGCCGACUGGUGCCGACCAUGGGAGAGGCCCGAGGGAAGCUCAUCAUCCUGCAGGACUUUUCUGGGCCAGAUUUGGGAAUGCGCUACGGUUCCCUGGAUAUAGCCGAUGACUGGAAGGUAUCCACGCUGCUGAAUCUGAAGGAGAAAUGGGAGAGUGUCUACAAACACCUGGAGGCCGCACCGUCAGGAAAUAUGGGUCAGAUUUUUCUGACCUACGCCAGUGGAGCUGGUUUGUUCGCCCACCCCAGAGCUGUUGCAAAGGGAAUCAAUCCCCAGCUGUAUGAGUACCUGCAGGCCAAGACCAACCAGAACCAGCGCUUUGGAAUCAUAUGCAUGGACUUCCCAGCAGCUCCUAUUAUCCAAAUGAUCAUCGAUUUUCAACUUCAAGAGAUCGUGAAGACCAACAGAAUGGAUUUGGUGCAUACGACUCUUUUACUCAAGCAAAUAAUGAAACAUUUUGCUGCUACAAAAUGACCCAUAUUGUUAUUGUAACUCAGAAGCUUGCAAAAAAUGCAGUCAUUUUUUUUAAAUCAGCAGCUAAGAGAAAUAAUUAGACUUUCUCAGGUAAAGAUUUAAAGCUUAACCUGUUUUCUACUCACUAGCCAUUGCUUGCCUAAGUUAAGAAAAUAAAAGGUGCAAAACUGAAAUAUUUUACUUUCACGAAAAGGAAGUAUUGUGAUAAAAGUUCAUUUAGAUUUUGAAAAGAAAUUAUGCAUUUGAUUAAAAAAAAUUUGAAAACAUGAGGCUUCUGAAUAAUAAAUGAAAUUGCUUAAGCUACGUCUGUUUUUAGCUUUUCUUUACCAUUUGUCGAGUCAUGUGAAUGAAGACAUUAAUCUGAGCGCUGGUCUCAAACUACAAUUUAGGAUUCCUUCACUGUUUAGUUAUAUAAUCUAUGUGAUCACAGUAAUCUACAUAACAAAUAACAGAACCAAACAAAUAUCGAACCUAAAAACGGUUGUUAACUGGAAAAAAUGUCCUCAUUUAGUAAAACUCAAUAGAUUUUUGGGUGGUUUGGGUGGAGGAUAAGGGACUGUGUCAACAGAUGAUCUGAGUUCCCCUCAGUCUAACAAAAUAAUUUAUACAAUAAAUAAUAGAAUAGAAUAUCCCUUUAUUUGUCCUUCUAACUACACAAUAAUGGACAACAAAAGCACAUCCCAAAAUAAUCAAAUGUAAUUAAGUGUAGAUGUUAAAAAUGUGCUUUUUGUUUUUUGUGCAAACAAGUCUAUGCAUAGUAAUAUGGUGUCUUGCAAAAGUAUUAAUACUGCUUGAACUUUCCUACAUUGUUUCGGAUCACAACCAUUAAACUUUAAGGUAUUUUAUUUGAAUUUUAUAUGAUAAAAAAAGCACAAAUGAGUGCAAUGUUGUGAAAUGGAAGGACAGUGAUACGUGGUUUUGAAAAUGUUUCAGUAAAUAAAAAUCUGAUAGGUUUGGAAUGCAUUUCUGCCCCCUUAACUCUGCAACCUUUAAAAAAAUCCAGUGCACCAAAAGGCACCAAAUUAGUAAAUAGAUUCAAUCUGUGCUUAAUUUAAUCACCUAUGGAGAGGCAGCAGGAAGAAAGCCAAUAUUCCUCAUUUUCUUUCCACGCUUUAAUUAUACACUACUUUGUGUUGGUCUAGCCCAUACAAUCCUAAUAGGUCAUGCAGAAGUUUAUUCAUGAAGAAAAUACUACAGGAACAUAGAAACUUAAACAAAGUUGUCCAUUAAAUGUGAUGUUAGUGAUACAUCAUUAUUAUGUUCUGGUAUCCAGACAAAAACAGCCUCUUUAAAAAAGUACAAUAGAGGCAUAAUUAUCUUUUUCCUUAGCAUGUCUACAGGAAAAAACAAAAUCAUAGUUAUUAGUUGUGCUUAAUGCACCCAAUGUCACACGAAACCUUUUGCAGUAUGUUUGCUCAUUUCUCAACACUAGAUGGCACUAUUAAAACACAAUUUAUCAGACAGAAAAUAAUAGAAAUUAUUACUUUAUCUUAAAAUACAAACAGAGUCACAGCCAUAUGUUUGUUCUGGUGUCUUUUACAACACUUCACACCUGUUUGCCGAAACUGCAUGGGCUCUAGAUACAUAUAAAACCCAGACUCUGCAACUUCUACUUCGGCUGAUUUCCAAUCUCGUUUUUCAAGAUGGACAAUAGACCUCAAAGUCCUACAUCGAUUGCAACAGUUGUUGUGAUGAACAUUAUUUGGUGGAUGCUGAUGAUAGCAGCCAUUGGACUGGGUGCCACACAUCUGGAUAGCUGCCCCUUGCAGCCCAACGUCCCUGUUUACCUGAUCGUGAUGGGAGCAACCAGCCUGCUGUCUCUGGUUUUCACCUACAGCAGCAGCGGCUACCAGGACGGAGCCGUUCACAUCCUGAGCUUGGCCUGCAUGACCGUUCUGCACAUCUUCAGUUUCGCCUGGUUGAUAGCAGGCAGUUCGUGGGUUUAUUCAGUCUACCCUCCACACUACUCUGGACCGGGCCCGUACUGCCACAAGACAACCUACAUGUUCGCUUUCGUUGUAACAACGGUGCUGUGGGCCGUGAUGGCACUGGUGCUCACCUGCGGCUGCUGCUUUGGUCUGCUGACCUGCUGCACCACCGUGUUCGCAGGACGCCACUUGUUACCAGACCGUAAAAGCUUCUAUGGUGCAACAAGCUCCUACCAGCCAAUAGUUGGGGAUGUGUGAUUUAAAUCUGGGUUCAUGUCUUGAAAUGGUUGGGGAGGUUAAUCUUACACUGCUGAUGGUGUAGAUUUUCGUCUUUCUGCUGACAGUUUCUUGUUUUUGUUUUUUAUUUCUUGAUAUUAGUGAGGCUUAUACAAAAGGUGGAAAAUGCUUGACAGCUGUAGCCAGAAAUCCCACCUACACCCUCCACUUUAUUCCUGCUCAUUUAACACACAGAGCCAAUUUUUGCAAUAACUUCAUAUUUGUUUUAUAGCUUUAACCUCCAGCUCAGUUCUUUGCAGGCUGUGGUCCAAUGCAACUGAUUAGAUAUCACAUCUCCUUCACAUUGCAGCUCUGGUAGAUCACAUGUUUCCUGUUAAUAACAGCAAGAAAACUAUCAACAUUUUUAAGCCAAAAGAAAAUGAGGCAUUGCAUAACAACAAUGUAAGUGAUCAUUAAAAAAAAUCCUGGUCUUACGUAAGACCAGGAUUUUUUUUAAAGGUCUUGGCCCAAGACUGACCUUUAAUACACUUUAUGUGUCGUAUGACAUGAACUUGAUUCUUAACAUCGUGGUUACAAAUGAAUGGUGUUUCGCAACAUGCUUUUUAAUCGUUUUCUUAGCCCUAAUCUGGCCCUGAUUAACACCGCAAUUACAAUAUUCUAUUCAUAUGUCUCUUUCAAACCUGUGUAGAUGUUAACGUCCUUGACAACGUCCCCAAUUCACUUACUGUUUCAAUUAGAUGGUGCUUUCAGGUGGUGUAAAAGUAAUACUAUAACACUGCUACCAAUAUGUGAAGGAACUCCUAAAAGUCAAAAUAUAAAUGUAAAUGGAAAAGUGGGAGAGUUGAAUGCUGAAUGUACUGUAUAUAAAUAAAGUUUUUCUGAAAAACGUAAAUAAAAAAGUACUUAACGGA